AUGCUUUCGGUACUUGAGAUUUACGAGAGCUUACCCUCAUGGCCGUUCCUCAUGCUCUUCAUCCUCUACAUCUGCGUCGCUGUUACGGGCAACCUGGCUGUCAUCAUAGUGGUGGCCUCCCGCAAGUAUAUGCGCACACCGGCCAAUCUCUAUAUAUCAUCACUCUCAUUCGCCGACCUCAUCAUCGCGCUGGUUGUUAUUGGCAACACAGCUAAAAGUUUCAGCAAGAUCUACCUCGAGUACAAUAUAUAUCGCUGCGUCUUGGUCCCUUAUUUCGAAGUUGUGGCCAUCUCAGCCAGCGUCCUCUCUCUGAUGGCCAUCACCGUUGACCGUUACCAGGCCGUGCUCCACAAGCGUGUGCACAAGACGCCGUUGAAGUUUGCAGCAAAAAUCGUCAGUAUGGUUUGGUUGUCGGCAGUUAUCUACGGCCUGCGUGUCAUACCUCAGUUUUACGGGAAACUAAAACCCUCUGACGAUAUCGACAGUCAGAAUUCGUCCAGCACAGACAGAAAUGAUUUUCGAUUUGACUCUUCUGCGAACACCACCGGAAUUCACCGUUGGUCAUGCGAUUUCUUCAUGGAAGAAGACGAUAAUGACAUCGUGUUUCGGAUCUUCGAUUUCCUCAUCUUGUUCGUGGUGCCGUUCAUCGCUAUGAUUGUCAUGUACGGACGUAUUAUAUCGACGCUUUGGCGUAAAAAGAUUCCGGUCGGCACCGGCCUUCGCCGGAAGAGGCGCGUUGCUAAGAUGCUGCUCAUCAGUGUGUUAGUUUUCAUCAUCUGCUGGGUCCCGUUCUACGUGCAGGAAUUCGUCGGCGAUGGUAUGAUUAUCACGGGCAAGCACGUUGACCGCAACGUGCUGGCCGCCUUUCGGAUCAUCUUUAUCCUUCUAUCUUUCUCCAAUUGCUGCUUGAAUCCAGUUAUUUAUGCCUAUUUCAAUUGCAACUUCCGCUACGAACUGAAAUACAUGAUUAGACAAAAGAACCGUGACCAGCGUAUGAGGCACAAACACACGUUUCAAGUAACGCCUACCAGCAGCCGAAAUGGAAUUUAG